GCGCCCGGGACAUGCCCGGGCAGCGCGCGCCCCCGUGGUCCCCGGCGUCCGUGCGCUCGCAGCUCCUCGCCGUCGGCGGCUUGGGCGACGCGAGUGUGCAAGCUAUUGUUCGGAUGACACACAUGGCGGCUCCUGCCCCGCGAGACCACAUUCAAAAUUGCAUCUCCCGUCCGUACCGCGUGCUCGGAAACUGUGCAUACCUGCGAUUCCCUCACUCAUCUCUGUUGGCUCUUUCUCUUUCUGUUUGCCUGGUGCUCGGGAGGAUGGACAAGGCCUGCAAGAUGAGAUACAAGACGAUGGACAGCCCUUUGGGGAAGAUCGAGAUCUCCGGCUGUGCGCAGGGUCUGCAUGAGAUAAGGCUGCACGACAGGAAGACCCCGGACCCCGGACCCGCGGAGGCCCCCGCUCUUCCCGAGCUGCUCGGCUGUCCAGAGGAAAUGACGGAGCCGCUGGUGCAGUGCGUGGCCUGGCUGGAUGCCUAUUUCCGUGAGCCCUCGGUCCUCCCGGGCCUCCCCUUGCCCGCGAUUCACCAUCCCAUUUUCCAGCGAGGUUCGUUCACCGCGCGGGUGUUGCAGAAGCUGCUGGAGCUUGUGAAGUUUGGAGACACGGUUUCCUACCAGCAGUUAGCAGCCCUGGCAGGCAGCCCGAAAGCCGCGCGGGCCGUGGGCGGAGCCAUGAGGAGCAAUCCUGUGCCCAUCCUCAUCCCGUGCCACAGAGUGGUCUGCAGCAGCGGAGCCAUGGGCAACUACACCGGAGGACUCGCCACGAAGGAGUGGGCUCUGCUAGCCCACGAAGGCCGCCUGGCAGGGAAGCCCACCUAUCCAGGGGGCUCCUAUCUGGCCGGAACCCGACGCGGGGCGCUGGGUGGCACCCCCAGCCCCCAUCCUGCUGGCCGGGACGGGUGCGUGCGGGAGUAAACAUCUGAGUGACCUGUGAAGGUACCAGCACGCUGGAAGGGGUACGCGGUGGCCCUGCCCUAUUAAAGGUGCUCGGUGUGUCCUGA